AUGCCUCUGAACCUAGAUAUAAAAAAGAAGUUAAACUCUCGAAUUGGUAAAGUAAAAUGCGUUGACAUUCAUGAAACGGAGACAUGGAUACUGGCCGCGCUGUACAGUGGGAAGUUAAUAAUUUUUGAUUAUGCAAAUCAGAACACGAUUAAAAAUAUCGAAGUAUCUGCAUUUCCCUUAAGAUGUGCAAAAUUUAUUGAAAAAAAACAAUGGAUUUUAUGUGCGGGUGAUGAUAUGACCUUAAGGGUUUUUAACUAUAAUACAUUUGAGAAAAUAAGAUCCUUUGAAGACCAUACAGAUUAUAUAAGAUAUAUAGAAGUACAUCAGACGUUACCAUACGUAUUGACAAGUUCAGAUGAUAUGACUAUAAAAUUAUAUGAUUAUGAAAAUAAUUUCGAAAAAUUAUGUUCUUUUGAAAAUCAUAUUCAUUAUGUAAUGAUGUGUAAAUUUAAUCCUAAGGAUACUUACAUAUUUGCAUCAGCAUCUUUAGAUAAAACAAUAAAAAUAUGGGGCGUACAAAAUAAUACACCUGUUGUUUCGAAACCACAUUUUACCUUAACAGGUCAUACAAAAGGAGUAAAUUGUAUUGACUAUUCAUGUAGUGGCGAAACAUCGUACAUAAUAAGUGGAAGUGAUGAUAAAACUAUACGUAUAUGGGAUUAUCAUACGAAACAGUGUAUACAAAUAUUAAGUGGACAUACACAAAAUGUAUCCUGUUUGAUAUAUCAUAGUAAUUUGCCAAUUAUAUUGUCUUCAUCAGAGGAUUGUAAUGUGAAAAUAUGGAAUAGUUCAAUGUAUAAAUUGGAAAGUACUUUAAAUUAUAAUAUGGAUAGAUGUUGGUCUUUAUGUGUAAAGAAAACAAAAAAUGAUUUAUGUAUAGGUUAUGAUGAAGGGUUAGUAGUUAUUCAAAUAGGAUCCGACAAACCAAUAUUUACUAUAUUUAAAAAUAAGAUAAUUUAUAUAAAAAACACAGAUAUUUUUAUUAUCAAUUUGUUGAAUGUUACGGACAAUGAUGAUUAUAAUGAUGGGGAUGUAUACAAAGUAAACAAAAAAGAGUUAGGAAAUUGUGAUUUCUACCCAACUAAUGUUUCAUUUCAUCCAAGUGGAAGGUUCAUCUGUGUAAGUGGUCAUCAUGAAUUUAAUAUUUACACAUCUCAAGUGUUAAGAAAUAAAGCAUAUGGAAAAAGUGCUUUUUUUGUAUGGGCACAUAAUGGUGAUUAUGCAAUAAAAGAAGAAGGAAAUAAAAUUAGCAUAUACAAAGAUUUUACAUCUUUUCAUUCAUUUCAAACACCUUAUACAGUUCUACAGAUAUUUGGUGGACAUUUAUUAGGAGUUAAAUCAAACAAUUUUAUAUGUUUUUAUGAUUGGUAUGAUUACAGUAAGGUAAGAAAAAUUGAUAUUAACGUAAAAAAUGUAUACUGGAAUGAGGCAGGGACGUAUGUAGCUCUAACCACAGAAGAUACUGUUUAUAUUUUAAGUUAUCUAAAUGUCGAAGGGGGAAAAAGUAGUACAUUGAUUGAUGGAAAGAUUAUUUCCUCAGCAGAAGCAGCAGGAGCUCUUGGUAGUUCUUCUGCUGGUGGUAAUGACCCUAGGGAAACUAAUAAUAAACAUCUUGGUGAAGAUGAAGAAAACAGUUUUGAAUUAGAAAGUGAAAUUAAUGAAUCAAUAGAGAGCGGAAUAUGGAUAUAUGAUAGCUUUUUAUAUGUUUCUAAAAAUUUAAGAUUGUAUAUAUAUACAAAGAAAUUUAUUGAUAUAUAUGCCUACAUAGAUAAAUAUUUGUAUAUUUGUGGUUAUGUACAUGAAUAUGACAGAAUAUUUUUACUGGAUAAGAAUUAUAAUUUCUACAGUUUCUUUUUACCAAUCACUUAUUUGCAAUAUCAGAAAUAUAUAAUGAAUAAAGAUUUAGCUUCUGCCGAUGUAGUACUAAAAAAUAUACCCGAAUCUUUAUACAACAAAUUAAGUCUCUUUUUAGAAAAAAUGGGUUAUAAAAAUGAAGCACUAAAUAUAUGUACUGAUUUGGAGAAAAAAUUUGAACUUGCCUUAUCGAUAGGAAAAUUACAGUUAUGUGUAGAUAUAAUAAAAGAUAUAGAACAGAAAGAAAACAAUUCAUUUAUUUACAAUAAAUAUAAAGGAUUAGGGGAUACGGCACUGGUGUAUAAUGAUAUACCGAUGGCUAUUUAUUGUUAUAAAAAAACGAAUGACUUUUCUUCUCUCCUAAUUAUUUUAUCAACUUUAGGUGAUAAAAUAGGAUUGGAAGAAUUAGGAAUGAUGUGCUUGAAUAAGCAAAAAUUUAAUAUAGCUUUUAUAUGUUUUUUUUUAUUGCAUAAAAUAAAUAAAUGUGUUGAUAUCCUUCUAAAUAACAAUAAUUUUACGUACGCUGCUUUUUUUGCAAGAGCAUAUAAGCCAUCUUUACUUCCAUCAAUCUUGUCAAAAUGGAAGGAACAUUUAAAUAAAAUGUAUUCAAAUUCCCCCGUUCUUUUAUUAACACCUGAUGAAAAUCCCGAAUAUUUUCCAAAUUAUGAACAAGCUGUUAAAUGUGAAUCCAUAUUUGACAAAAUAAAAACUGUGACCAGUACGAAAAAUUAUAAUACUGUAAAAAAAUUAAUAGAUUUAAAUAUUAUUGAAGAAAUAAAUGAAAUAGGUUACGAAAAAGUAGAAGAUAUUUUUGUUAAACAAUUUAAUGAUGAUAUGGAAAAGGACAUUCAAAAUUUUAACAUGAUUAAUUCUUUUAGUACUACCCAGAAAAAGGAAGAAUCAAGUCAAAUCAAACAAAAUGACACAGGAAGAAAAAAAGGGGCGAAUAAAUCAUCCAAGAAUAAACGACCAGGAAUUCGUAAUAAAGCAAAUGAAUUGGAAAACAAUCAGGACAAUUUAAUUGACCCUGAUCAUAACAAUUUUGAAAAAAUGGAAGAUACUGAUUUUUUAAAUAACAGUGAUAUAAUAGACAUCAAUAAUGAAGAUGAUAUCCCACCUGCUGAUUCUAAAUCGGGUGAAGAUGAUCAUGCAAAAGAAAUUACCAAAUCUGUACAAUCCAGAAGUGAGGGAAGCUCAUGA